AUGGCGGCGUUUGCGGGUCCUCGCUAUCGCUUCACGAUCCUGCCUGAUUAUUUCGUCGACUACGAGCAAGUGGCCGCCCAGGAUCCCUCAGGCAAGGCGACAACUCAACCGAAUCUGGGUAUUCUCGACCGCGAGUACCCCGAGAUUGAAAUUCCGGGCACGCCUUGGGAGCGUCUUGUCACAAAUGUCACACGUCUCAACGCCGAGAGCAAAGGCGACGUCAAAUACAAAGUGCUGUUCCUCACGAGGCACGGCCUAGGUUACCACAAUGUCCAGCAGGCCAAGGUUGGCACACCAGACGCUACUGGUCGCGGCUUGACGGCGACGGCGCAGUCGUUUGGCGUGACGCCCCUCUUGUCGAGGAGGGCAUCAACCAAGCCAAGCAACUGA